CCCAAACCCUGUUUAUGCCAAGCCAACCUUACUUUGUUCGGCACGUCACAGCCCCACAACAAGUCUUGCUUUCUCAAUCACACAUACCCCUUCACAAUCACACACACAAUGUCCAUCCACGACAGGUUCAAGGACGACCGUAAGGGCGGCUCGGUCGGCGGCUUCUUCAAGGCCCUCGCAAGCGGCACCACCGCCUCAGGGCUGGGCAGGCGGGUGUACGACGCCGCCGAGUCGGGCAGUGGGACGGAGCACCGCCAGACGCAGCAGGCGUGGCAGGCUGCUCAGGCGCAGCAGGGGCCUGGUGGGACCGGCCCCAAGCCCGCCCCGCCGCAGCUCCCGACCAUCAACAACGCGUCCGACGUCGAGCGCGCCCUCUCGCCCAACACGCAGCAGUACGACCCCAACUACGCGAGCGCGGUGCUGCAGGCUUUUGUGCGCCAGCUGCUCGAGACGGGCACGGACGAGAAGAGCGUCGAGGGGGAGCUGGACGAGCUGGAGCGGAGGCUCCCAGACUAUUCCAACGCAGGCGUCUUCCGCCAUGUGCGGGAUACGUACCGCCUCGGCUCGGGCCUGCCGCCCGCGUUCAGCCAGCACUGAGAAGGAAGCAACGACGGACAGACGGACAUACACGACAGCCAGCUUGACUUGACUUGAUGCAGCG